AUGGAGUUGGCGAUUGGGGGUCUACGACUCCUCAAACUCGAAACGCCGACGAUUUUAAGGAGGGAGAACGAAAACGUCUCCUUGGCCUCUACAAUAAUCGAUGAUCGCAGUACCUCACCUCACCUCGCCUUGCUGACAACCUCGAGCAUAGAAAUCUCAACUGCCAAGUCAGGUGCUCAUAUAGCAAAUGGAGGUCCUGUUUCUGAUUUUUAUGAAAGAUGGAUCACUUUUACUGUAAUGGAGGCACUGGAACGUUUAGGACACGUUGAUGAAGUGGUGAAUGAUCCAGAUUACAAGUUUGAGUUUCCUACACCAGAUGAUAGACCUGGCCCACCUAUUAUAAGUUUUAGUGAUGCUUCAUUUGGGUAUCCUGGAGGCUUUAUUAUUUUUCAAGUGGCUUGGGAAGGAAGGGCAUAUGACUAUUGUAUGGAGAGUCUAAAGAAUGUUGGAUUUCCUGUUGAUGGACUUGCUUUUGACCCUGAUUUGGUUAUUAGAGGACUUGUGAUUCUAAAAGAGAAAGGAAACUUGGUGAAGGCUGGCCGAUUUGGUUAUAUGAAGAGGGUUAUGCAUGCGAUAAAACUGCUAUCCACCCAAGCUAUAAGUGAGAUUAUGGGAGGUAACUAUGGUAUAUUUGCAGUUCAGAUGGUUGAUAAAUAUGCUUCCACCAGGUAUUUGAUUCCAGAGCUUGGACCAUGUUCUCUUAAGAUAACAUAUUCUGCACAUACAGAUUUGAGUGUAAAAUUCCAGAGUCAUCGUAGCAGGGACUAUACAAAUCCUAUGCUUCCUGUUGCAUCUUUAGCAAUAGAUGCUACUGGUCAGUUCAGUUUAGGUUUAGAUAGAAAUAAGAUUGAAUCUGAGAGUAAUGUUCUUCUUGCUUCUAUUGAAAACAUGCAGUAUGUAGUCACCUUAGAUGUUUUACACAUGAUAGCAAUGUUUGACAAAAAUGGUGGAGUUCAAGCUCUAAUUCAAUACCCUGAUGUUCAGACAGCUAUUAACUAUACAACAUUCUUCAAGGCUGUGCUAUUAAAAAUCCAUCAUUUCUUCCAAGAUUUUUGCACUAAAAAGUACAAGAAAAGCACAAAAGAAGGGUCUGAGACUUUACUUAAUCUCAUCACAUGA